GAAAUAAACAACAGUUAGUUAUUAAUUAACUUAUCGCCGGCCAAUUUUUUGUUUUUUUCAAAAUUUAGAAAGGAUUUGGGUGUCGGGAGGCUCCCAAGUACCGACUGGGGACGUUUCGGAGACGGGAAGCGGCACCUAUUUGAAGAAUCCGUGUAACAGAGGUUAUGACAAUCAUCGGUCUGUUUUCGAGGGUGACGAUGAUGGCUAAUGCGGCAAGGAGAUUUAAGAUGCUCGGUAACAGAGAUGGAGAUGAAGACGAUGAAGAAUGUUCGCGUCGGGAUGUCCCGAAAGGUCAUUUCGCAGUUUACGUGGUGUCGUCGUCGUCGGAGAAGGAGAAGAAGAAGAAGACGAAGAAGAAGGGGAGGAGAUACGUGGUCCCGCUGUCGUACCUGAAUCAUCCUCGUUUCCAGACGCUGUUGCACGAGGCCGAGGAGGAGUUUGGGUUCGACCAUCCUGCGGGCGGCCUCACCAUACCUUGCAAUGAGGACGCAUUCCUUCUUCUCAUCUCUCAGCUCAUCCUCGUCCCCGCCUCCUCUUCUUCGCCUCCUUCGUCCAUAUACACUCCUAAUUUGACACUCUUUCUAGUCCCCACCGGCGUCGAGAGUAGAAAGUCACCAAUCAAAGCAGCAGCAGCAGCCGCCGCAGGACCGGGAAGAAGAAGAAGAAGAGCGAUCCGCUCUGAGGCAAAGAUCACAAUGGCUCCCCCGGAGGAUCAACCGGAACGAGUCAACAAUGAUUCCUCGACGGUGUACGCCUCUUCCCCGGUCGAUAACCGUCCAAUCUCCACCAUCGUCUUCGUCAUCGCUAUGCAAACGGAGGCGCAACCUCUUGUUACUAAGUUCCAGCUAGCAGAGGAUGUUGAUCCGCCUUUCCCAAAGGGAGUGCCUUGGGUGAGGUAUUAUGGUAACUACAGGGAUCUGAACAUUAAUAUUGUCUGCCCUGGAAAAGACUCAGCUUUGGGGGUUGACAGCGUAGGGACUGUUUCUGCAUCUCUUAUAACAUAUGCUUCCAUCCAAGCAUUAAAACCUGACCUCAUCAUAAAUGCUGGAACUGCGGGUGGGUUUAAGGCCAAAGGAGCUUCCAUAGGUGAUGUAUUUCUUGUCUCACAUGCUGCUUUCCAUGAUAGAAGAAUACCUAUCCCGGUAUUUGAUUUGUAUGGAGUUGGCUUGCGGCAGGCUUGCCCCACUCCUAAUCUCCUGAAAGAACUUAACAUGAAGGUUGGGAAACUGUCUACUGGCGAUUCCUUGGAUAUGUCACCAAUUGAUGAAACCUCUAUAACUGCUAAUGAAGCAACUCUUAAAGACAUGGAGGGAGCAGCAGUCGCAUACGUAUCAGAUCUUUUGAAGGUGCCUGCAAUUCUGUUGAAAGCUGUGACUGAUAUAGUGGACGGUGAUAAACCAACAGCUGAGGAGUUUUUGCAAAAUUUGUUAGCAGUAACUGCUGCACUUGAUGAAGCUGCUACAAGAGUUGUUGAUUUCAUUAGUGGCAAAUCUCUCUCAGAUCUUUGAUUUGGUCCACGCUCGUUGAGUUCUUCAUCUGAUUUAUUCGAAUUUCUCGUGUUUCCCACAUGCUGUUACUGAACUUACUAAUAAAAUUUGAUUAAACCAACGGUGUGUAGAUAGAUUACAUGAUGUACUUUUUCUUCUGUUUUUCUUUUGGUGAUUUGGAACAUCUUCCCUACCACCUAGUACGGUUAAAGUCUGUGUAAACACUAAAAAUACCCUCCCGGAACCCUACUUUUUGUCGGAUUUUACCAAGUUUAUUGUUGUUGCUCUUUUCUAAAGGA